GUACGUAAAAGCCUAAUAAUUUAAAAAGAGGAACACAAUUACCAAUAAAUAUGAGUCAUAAAAGCAGGAGUAAAGCCCCCAAGUGGGGGAAGAAGUCCUCCAAAAACUAUGAGGCUGAAGAGAUACUUGAUAUGAGAGGGAAUCCUGGGGAGAUUCAGUACUUUGUCAAGUGGAAAGGAUACGGGAUAGAACAAGCUACAUGGGAGCCGGAGAAGAACCUGAAUAAAGCUAAAGAGCUGAUAUAGAGCAGUAUUUGAAGCUAUCAAAUUCUCAAAUUCAAGACAAAAGUCUUAAGAAACAAAGGAAUACCAAAAACUGUAAGACUCCUUUGAGGCAAAUUCAUGGAAGGAAGAGAAAAAUCUCAGAAAGGAGUUCUAAAGCAGAGAAGAGGAAGUCUCUGCAUGUUACCUGAAUUGAUCUUGUUAGCGAUUCUAAAGGAAAACGAGAAAAGGCCCCAAAAUAAAAAGAGAGAAAAGAAAGCUGUAGAAAAGCAUAAAGAGGAGAGAAAGAAAACAACCAGACGGAAUAGAGGAAAAUCAGAAUGCAAGGCUAAGGGUAGACCACCGAAAGCCAAAAAGGAAACAAAAGCUGAAGCUCUCAAAAGAGCUAAAUCCGAUAAGAAAACUGGCAGAAAGGCUGACCUGAACGCUCACCCAAGGAACAGGAAGAAAGCAGCCAGCAAAGCUGAGAAGAGGACAGAGAAGAAAUCUGUGAAAAAGACUCAGAGGAAAGUAGAUGCGUCUAAAUAAGAAGAAGAAUUCAAGGCCUAAAGCUGCAAAGAAAAGAGGACAGUCUUCUACAAAUACUAUAAAAGAUGAUAAAAUUAGCAAAGAAAACAGCUCGAAUAUUAUUGAUAUUAGCAAUUCUCUGAUAAGUAGCAAAUAGGAAAUCAUUCGUUGUGCAGCAUUCAAAAAAAUUGGCUUACAAGAAACCUUCUCAUAAAGUAACAGACAGAAAAUCCUUCCUUAUGAACCCUAAGGGCAGAAAAUCCAUGACCAAGGUGAACAUUAGGAUAAAUAAGCAGUUGCUUAAGCAGAGAGUUGAGAAAUUAAUCAAUAAGAAUACAGAACAAACUGGAAAUAGGAAACCUCGAAAGAAAAAUAUAGAUAAGGAAACUGGCAUGCAAGUAGAAAUAGGACGAAAUAGCACAGAGAAUAAAGCAGAGAAAGCUGAGAUGCUAAAAGGUCCUGAUGAUUCGAGAAAUAGUGGAGAUCAUCAUGAUACUAGUUCAACAGAGAAGGAUGAAGAAACUGCUGAUCUGAAGUCUCUGACUUCGACAAUUGCACAAUUUAUUAACAUGAUUUCAGUUGACUCUACUCCAGUUACUAAAACUAUUCAGAUUUCGAAAUCGAUAGUUAGUCUUUUGGGGAAAAGCAACUAUUCUUCCUUUAUUGAGCCAAAUUCGUAUGUGUUACCAGUUAUAAAUGGACUUCCUCCUGAAGGAAAAUAUGAAGUAGUUGUCCGACCAGUCGACGAUAGAAAGAAAGAAUUCAAAGCCCACAAUGUAUCAGUAGUGAAAAAUAAAGAUCGAGAAGAAUUCACUUGCAUGCUAUGGAGAAAAAGGGAAUUUAGUGUUGAGAAUUAAUGUUUUGGUGGGUUUGAUG